CCGCGGCGGCUGCGCGUGCGCUGGAGUUACCCCCCCUCCUGGGACCCCCGCUUCUAUUGGCUGCGCUUCCAGGUGCGCUACCGCCCUGAGCCAACCCCGACCUUCACCCAGGUGGACCAGGUGACGCGGCUGUGGUUGGACAUCGGCGAUGCCUGGCGGGGCACCCGGCACGUGGUGCAGGUGAGGGCGCAGGAGGAGUUUGGGCACGGAGCGUGGAGCGAAUGGAGCCGGGAGGCGGUGGGCACCCCCUGGACAGAGCCCCGCGAUGUCACCGAGGUGGGACCUUACAGCUCGCAGUUCCCUGCUGAGGACGAUCCCUACGGCUAUGGGGCCACGCUGCCACCCGAGCUCUUUGGUGAUGACACCACUGAUGAUGCCGGGGGGGCUGUGCUGGAGGCUGCUGCCCACUCCCCCACGUCCCCCUACGCCCUCCUGGUGGCGGGGGGCAGCCUGCUGCUGGCCAUCGCCCUCUGCUUCGCCAUAGGGAUGAGGUACAAGCAGAGAGCACAGGCGCAGCGGGGGGUGAAGGUGGGGGGUGGCAGCCAGCACCCAAUGGUUCCCCUUUGCCCCCCCGUCUCCCCGCUGAGCGCCGCCCCCCUGCUGCCGCCUGCCGCCCCCCCCGGGCCUCUUCAUGUCACCAAUUUGGAUUAUUUCCUCUCAGGAAAGUAACUUGGGGGGGGGGGGGGAAGGGGGGGUGGAGAGUGGUGCUGGCAGCUCUCCCACCCUCAGUCUGAGGCCUGGCUCAGGGUGCGCCCCCCUGCCACCCCAUGCCCUCCUCCCCUGCACUGGGGGCAUCAACAUCCCUAUGGGGAUCCAGCCCGGGGGGGGGGGGGGACCCUUACUGGGCCCCCGGGGGGGGGGCAGCUCCAGGGCCACAGCCAAGCUGGAAGCACUGGAGCGUGAGAACGGGGUCGGAUUCGGUUCAGAGUGGCCAGAGAGGAGGGGCUGAGCCCCCACUUAAUGCCACAGAGGAUGGGGGGGGGGGGUCAGAGGGUCCGGCUGGAUCGGCCCUGUCCCGCUGCACCGCAGAGGGGAUUUGGUUGUGCUGGGGGGGGGGGGUGCAGCUGGGAGACCCCUCCCAAUAAAGGUGGUGUGAUUUUAA